AAUAUCUUGUAUCGAGUUGUUAUUCUAGUUUCUUAAAUUUCUCAAGCAAUACCAAACUCGUUAAACGUUGCACGGUGUUCGGAUGAGCCGGACAAAUGCCGAAAAACCGCUAAACUGUUAUUCCGCCCCGGGUUGCUUAGGUACGCACUAGUAAACAAAUCAACGCAUAUCAACAAUCGAUUUUUGAUUCUAUCCGAAAAGCAUAAUGGAUGAAGAUUUGGAGUUUCGCGAUAUGGUGUUGAAAAAACUGGAAGAAAGUGGAUCGUUGCUAAGCAUUAAAGCUAAACUGCGCGCGCUACUGUACGACAUCAUCGAAAACGAAUGCAAUGUUAACGACCAUUGCAGCAAGGUUGAUAAAACGUCCAACACGCUUGAAAAAGAUUCAGAUUUCCUGCUGGACCAAAAAACACUUGCCUAUGAGCUAAUGUUCGAUAUGCUGUCUUCACUGAAUCUGCAAUACACGAAGCAAAUCCUGGCCGCAGAGUCGGGCUAUCGUAGUGGCACGGUGCCUCGUGAGCAUAUGAUCCGACAGUUGGGCCUUCAAUCGACUGAUCACGGCGAAGAUAAUGUGCGUCAACCGCUCCUAAUGUUAAUGGUCGACCGACUGUGCGGCGAAAUGGUUGCAAAUAUUAGUUCUGAAACCAAAAGCAGUUCAAAUGAGUCAUCGUCUGUCGAGAUGCACUAUGAAGCGCGAACGAAAACAGAACAGAGCGACGGCGUCAGUACGCAGAACGAAACACCGGAUGAUUAGAAGUGUCCUGCGGUAUUUAACGUUCCGGGGAUGAUUUAUUAUGCUAGUAGGUAAACUCAAAACAAAAACCUUCGUCGGCCUAAAUUUCCCGAUAAUAAACUUGGAAGCUUACGCAAGAUCGACUUCGGUUGCAGAACGUAAACCGUUCUUUGAUUACAUUUCGGUACCACUUCCACAUGACUCCUCCGUUUAGCCUUUAUACUGCUCUUGCUGUAAACGCUGUGUCAACGCUCGAGAGACCACAUUCCAAGAGUCCAUAAACCUGUCCAUGCACAUGG